AUGACUCACCAAUACCGCUACCCGCCCAUUCCUGUCUCCCAACAAUCUGGAGAAUACAAACCCUAUGCCGAACAGCUCGAAACCAUGGCACCCAAGAGCUUCGGCGGCGAUGGCUCUAUCUCCUCUGGCUCCGCAAUGACUUACCGCGACGCCAACUCCGGCCUUAUAGGCCCCUUCCCUACUAUUAUAGCCUCCAAAGAGGUCGGGGCGGCCAUUAUGAACGUGUACAAGAACUUCUCAACCCUGGAGGGCAUCCCGAACGAUGUCAAAGAAGUCGCCAUCUUGACGACUGGUGCCAAAUUUGAUUGUGCUUACGAACAGUAUACGCAUCGUCUCAUUGCUGUUAAGCAAGCGGGAUUGUCGGAGGAGCAGGUUCAAGCUAUUGGGAGGAAGCAGAAGCCGAAUGGGUUGAGUGAAGCGGCGAAUGUGACUUAUGAUUGUACCAAACAUCUGGUAGACACGCCUGGUCCGUUACCGCAGAGCUUGUAUGAUCAGUGGGUGAAAGUGCUGGGGAGCAAGGAGAGGGUGCUAUUGUGCAUACAUUAUGUUGGAAUUUACUCGUACAUGAGCAUUUUGAUGAAUGCUGCGAAUGCACCUGUACCGGAGGAGUAG